GCGUCCAUCCACCGCCCGUGGGAAGGGAAGGGAAGGGAAGAGCAGCGAGCGUCGCAGGCAUCGGCUCCGCCUCCGCCCCGCCCGCCGCCGCCGCCGCCUCACCGGCCCCCCUCCUCCUCAUCCCCCGAUCCAAUCCCCGAUCGCCGACCCUCGCAUCGCCUCGCCGCGCGGCAAUAUUUGGAACCCUUGUCACCGAUCGCCUCAUGCUGUACCACUGACCGAUCCCGCCCCCGCCCCCCACCUCCGCCGCCGCCGUUCGCUCAGUCGCCUCCGCCUUUUGUCUCCCGCCUCCUAGAAGCUCUAUCCCUCCGUCGGAUUAGGGUGCGGACGAUGGCUACCAGCGCCGACGCGCAUGCUGCCGUUGCUGGGGCCGGGACGCCCCCGUCCGAUAGCCCGGUUGGGGCGAAGAAGGCUGGGGCGGCGGCCGCCGCAUGGAAGCGCCCCGGGGCCGCGACGGUGCCAGCCGCGGUGGCGGUUGAAAACCCCAUCAUGGACGUGGAGUCCUGGCCGGCGCUGCCCGGACUGGCGUCUCCCCCGCCACCGGCUGCGGGGCUGGCGGCCAAGGCGUCACCAAAGGCCGCUUCUCCCGCUUCCACAGUGGCGGUGAUCUCGCCAGUCUCUUUGGGCAAUUCGGGCGCUCCGGAUGCUAACCCUGGCAAUGAGGCUCCUGUGCGCAAUCCUGUGGCCCAGCGUGCUCUGGUGAUGCCUGCGGCGGAUGGGCUGGAGAAGAAUGCCCCUGCCCCAGAACCGUCCCCUGUCUAUGUGCCUAAUGCCCAGAGCAACGGCGGAGAUUUUCAUCAUCAGAGUGGACGUUUUGGUUCCCAUGCCCAUGGCCGUGGUGGUGGCUAUGGUGGGGGAAACAGGAGGGGCAAUGGCAAUGGUGGAGGUGGGGGUCGACGUGGGAACGAGCACCACGGGGGUUUUGAUGGGCCACGGCGUGGAGGUGGCCGCAGAGAUGGGCAUGGACCAGUUCACCAGCAUCGUGGCCACCAGCCAACAUACGUUAGGGCUCCUCCUGCUCUGGCUGUUGUAGCAGGAGCACCUCCGCCGCCACCACCAUUCGUUAGCCCUACUACUCAGACACCACCUUAUGGGGCACCUAUGGGCUUCCCAGCAGACAUAGUGCCGCAUGUUUACUAUUUUCCGGUGUCACCUUCCACGGAAGGCAUUCAAGGCCUGCCUUUUGUGCCUCAUCCGGCAAGCCCCCAGGCUAUGUUAGUUGAUCCUCUUCGAAAGGAGCUUCUGGUGCAAAUUGAUUACUAUUUCAGUGAUGACAAUUUGUGCAAGGACACAUUCUUGCGGCAACACAUGGAUGACCAAGGCUGGGUGCCAUUAUCCCUGAUUGCUGGCUUCCGCAAAGUCAAAGAUUUGACUAACAAUAUACAGUUUAUCUUGGAAACAGUCAUGCUGUCUACCGUUGUGGAAGUACAGGGUGAUAAGCUAAGAAAGCGUGGAACAUGGGGGAAUUGGCUGCUUCCAAAACCAAAUCAUUAUGCUGGAAGUUCUUCUGGUUUGUUAUCCCCUGUGACAUCUAGCAUUGAUUCGCUGGUAUCUCAGUUUCAUUCUGUUGGACUUGAGGGGGCAACAUACCAUGGUAACAUGCAAGGAAUGCCUGGUGAAGCUCUUCUGACUAGAUCAGUGACUUCAGUUAGUCUAGGAGGUUAUCAUGCACCAACCUUGGGUGGGCUACACAACAAUGGGAGUGGACAACUUUUCGGACCAAAGGCAGCAAGAAAUUUACUGAGGAGCGAUACCUUCUGAGGCUAUAUGCUCGAGAGAUACGAAGUAUAACGGCAGGCCGAGUUUUCACAGUGACGGCAUGCACACCUUAUCUAAGUACGAGGUGUAAAGAUCAGUUGGUUAAAAAAGCAAAAAAAAAAACAAAAGCAUAAUACAAAAAAAUAGAGAUAGAAAUAUACAAAAACUGAAAAAACAAAAAAAAAAAAGAAAAAUGAAAAAGGUGAAAAAGAAGAAGAGGGGGCAUAGGUAGAUUGUAUCGGAACUCUUGUUCUUUCUGAGAUGUGUUACUACCCAGUCACUAGGCUUGUAUCUGAAUGCAGCAGUUUGAUGUCUCUUUUUGUGUGAACCGAGUUAUUUCAAGUGUCGUGAACGGUAUCAUUCAGAAACUGUGGAGUGAACAAAAAUAUAUAAAAGUAGGUGACACUAUUAUUAAUUCUUGUGUUCCUCGA